AUGGAAAACCAAGCGACUUCUCCGCACACAGAUCCUAUGUUAAAGAAAAGGGAUGAGUUUGAAGACAUUCUGGAGGAGAGAAGGAACUCCAGUGACCUCCGAUAUGCUCUCAAAUGUUACACUCCGGUCAUCUAUAAACACCUCUCCCCGUGUGAUGCCACCUCUCUGAAAACCAAGGUCCUUCAGUCUGAUCAACUUCACUAUGUCAUCACUCAGGUUUCUAAAGAGACUGGUAGAACUUCAGAGGACCUUCAAGAUGAAGCUUCAAGCAUCAUUGAGGAGAUGGCUCAUCGUCUGCAGCUCAGUACCGUUCGCUUCUUUGCUUUUGCUUUGUGUAAAGUCUUCAAAACCAUAUUCAAGAGCAUUUGUGUGAAUGAGAAUGGCAUUCAGAGACUGCAGCAGGCCAUCCAUGACCAUCCUGUGGUUCUCCUGCCCAGUCACAGAAGCUACAUGGACUUCCUGCUCAUGUCGUACAUCCUCUACACCUAUGACCUCUCUCUCCCUGUCAUUGCUGCAGGCAUGGAUUUCAUGGGGAUGAAGGUAAUCGGGGAGAUGCUGCGGAUGUCUGGGGCUUUCUUCAUCAGGAGAUCGUUUGGUGGCGACAAACUUUACUGGGCCGUGUUCUCCGAGUACGUCAAGACCAUUCUGAAGAACGGCCUCGCACCUGUAGAGUUUUUCUUAGAAGGGACCAGAAGUCGGACAAGCAAAUCCUUGACCCCCAAAUUAGGUUUACUGAAUAUUGCCCUGGACCCGUUCCUAAAAGGCGAGGUCUUUGAUAUAAGUUUGGUUCCUGUUAGCAUCAGUUAUGAGCGAAUACUUGAGGAAUCCCUGUAUGCCAGGGAGAUGCUGGGGGUCCCCAAACCCAAAGAGUCCACCUCAGGUUUAUUCAAAGCCAGAAAAGUCCUGAGUGAAGAUUACGGCAGCAUCCAUGUGUACUUUGGUCAGCCGGUGUCAGUGCGGCGCUUGGCAGAAGGAAGAGUGAACCGCUGCCAGUUCAGCCUCGCCCCAAGAUACAUUCCAAAACGUGCCAAUGGGGAUGUCCAGACUUUUGUGAACGACACUGCAUACAGACUGGUGCGGGCGCAGGAGGAGAACAUGGUCCUAAAGCCCUGGGUUCUGUUGGCCACGAUCCUCCUCCAGGCUGAGAACCUGCAGACGGGGAUGCGGCUGGAGGAGCUCACCGAGGAGGCUCUGUGGCUCCGUGACCUGUGCCGGCAGUACGGAGGCUUCCUGCACUGGCCUGACCAUGUGGCUCCAUCAGAGGUGGUUUCUGCCAGUCUCUCUCUACAUCACAGUCUGGUGAAAAUCUCAGAGGGACAAGUUUUUAUUGCAUUCGAAGAAGAAGGAGAAUCUCCAUCUGGUCCCGUGGGUCCCGAGGAGCAGGUGCUGCGGCGGUCGGUCCCUGUGCUCUCCUGUGUGUCCUACAGGAACCAGGCUCUCCAUGUGUUCGUGCGGCCUGCCCUCCUGGCCACCGCUGUCCAAACCGCGGCCUCCAACCACAAACAGGACGUUUUUAACACCUUCAGCUUCUUGAGGACCAUGUUUUCAAAUGAGUUCAUCCUGUGUCCCAAUGCUGCUGUGGAGGACUUUGAAGAGGCCUGUUUCCUGCUGAUGAAGACUGGAGUUCUGCAGCUGAACCAGCAGGAGGUGCUGGUGAGUCACAGAGGAGACAGAACCAUCAGCUUCCUGAGCCGCCUGCUGCUGCCCUUCGUGCAGGGGUACCAGGUUGUGUGUUCUUUCUUGUGUGAAGAGGCCACAGACUCGCUCACAGAGAAGGAUUUUGUUGUAGCUGUUCGAAAGUUCAUUGUGAAACGGCUAAUAGCAGGCACUUUGAGAUAUCCAGAGAUCCUGUCCUCUGACCUCCAGAAGAACGCUUUUGCUGCUCUCCUCAGACUUGGAGCUGUACAGAAAGUCAAAAGAGUGGACCAGACAAAGCUGAAAAUCAACAAGGUGACAAUGAACUCUUUAGAGGACACACUUGGAGGGAAACUGCCAACUCCAAACGCUGCCUCGGCUCGCCUCUGA